UGUGCUGGCGUGACUGGGCCGCUGAUUUCCAUCCCGUCCAUCCUGGCGCCCCCUGGCCCGGGCUCCACAGCCGCCCUGCCCCGGGUGCCCCAGACCUGCAGGCUCAGCGGGCUCAAUCUGCGCAGCGUCUCCAUGUUGACCAAACCUCAGCCUGAGCUUCCCGCGCCCCCCGUACCCCCCACGCUGCCGCCAGGAGGCAAGAAUCAAGAAGCAUUUGAAGCCGAAUGCCGACUUGGCACUGUACUGGGCAAAGGGGGCUUUGGUACGGUCUUCGCGGCACACCGGGUAGCGGACCGACUCCAGGUGGCCAUCAAAGUGAUACCGCGGAAUCGGGUGCUGGGCAGUUUCCCUCUGACCAACUCGGCCACAUGCCCACUCGAGGUGGCCCUGCGAUGGAAGGUGGGUGCCGGUGGUGGACACCCAGGUGUGAUAUGCCUGCUCGACUGGUUUGAGACACUAGAGGGCGUCAUGCUGGUUCUCGAGCGACCUUCACCUGCCCAGGAUCUCUCUGACGAUAUCACGGAGCUGGGUCCACUGGGUGAGAGCCGAAGCCGCUGCCUCUUUGCCCAGGUAGUGUCAGCUGUCAGGCACUGCCAUGCCUGCGGAGUUGUCCACCGUGAUAUCAAGGACGAGACCAUACCGAUAGAUCUCCGCCGACGCUGUGCCAAACUCAUUGAUUAUGGGUCUGGCGCCCUGCUGCAUGAUGAGCCCUACACUGACUUUGAUGGGACAAGGGUGUACAGCCCCCCCCCCCACGAGUGGAUCUCUUAACACCAGUACCAUGCGCUCCCGGCCACCGUCUGGUCACUGGGUAUCCUCCUAUAUGAUAUGGUGUGUGUGUGUGUGUGGGGGGGGGGGGGCAUUCCCUUCGAGAGGGACCAGGAGAUUCUGGAGGCUGAACUCCACUUCCCUGACCAUGUCUCCUCAGGCUGCUGUGCCCUAAUUCAGCAGUGCCUGGCUCCCAAGCCCUCUGCUCGGCCUUCACUAGAAGAGAUCAUGCUGGACCCCUGGAUGCAGACACCAACUGAGGAAGCACCCCUCAGCAUCCCCAAAGGCGAUUCCAACCCCUUGUCAUGGUCCAGGGUGCCCUAG